GUUUGUGAUGGUGUUAGACUUUUUAGUAUAAUAAUACAGUAAUAAUGUAUUUCAUAUGCUUCCUGUACGUACAGAUCUCUCUCUCUCUAGCUAGCUCAACAGAAAGAAGGGAAGAAGAAAUUCCUUAUCAUUUCUCUGCGUUUGAUCAACUCUCUCUCUCUCUCUAGCUAGCUUGGUUUUCAAAAAAGAAAAAAAAAAUGAAAAAAGAAAAGCUUCGCGUGAAUCCCUCCGAUCACUAUAUAUAAAGUACUAGCUUGGUCCAAUUCGGGUUUACAAUAAUACGGAGUAAUAUUAAUUGCAAGUCUUCAUCAUGUCGUCUUCCUCUUCCAAUUCCAUGAUAACCCAUUUUAUUAAAGAGUCAACGCACCUUUGUAUACCUUUACAAGAUAUUAAAGAUGCCACCAAAAAUUUCACAACACUCGUCAUUGGGGAGGGCGGGUAUGGCUUCGUUUACAAAGGGGAGCUCUUACUUUCUACGAGUAGUAAACUUACCCCCGUGGCUGUAAAGCGACUAGUAGUCAGUAACAUUUCGGGUCAAGGGUUGAAGCAGUUUUUAACCGAGAUUCGCUUGCUAUCACGUUAUAAACAUCCAAACUUAGUCUCCUUGCUAGGCUUCUGUGAAGAACACGGUGAAAAGAUACUAGUUUAUGACUACGCAGAGCGUGGAAGCCUCCAGAAUUACAUAACUAAGAGUGGAUCAACCGUUCAACUAACCUGGAUGCAGAGGAUUAAUAUAUGCAUUGAUGCGGCCCGGGGUUUGGCUUAUUUGCAUUACCAUAGAGUCAUCCAUAGGGACAUAAAGAGUGCAAAUAUUCUUUUAUGUCAUGAUUGGAAGGCUAUGAUUGCGGAUUUUGGUCUUUCCUUAACAGGUCAUGCAAAUGAAAAUGUCACUUUUGCUAUUACCGAUGCUUCUGGCACGCGUGGUUAUUGUGAUCCAGAAUAUAUAUCUACGGGGAUACUCACAGAAGAGUCAGAUGUUUAUUCAUUUGGAGUAGUAUUGUUUGAAGUCUUAUGCGGGAGGUUGGGCUUCAUAAAAGUGAAUAGUGAACAAGAACUUCUAGCCCCGGUAGCCAAACGCUAUUACGAAAAGGGAAGGUUAAGCGAGAUUAUUGAUCCAAAUUUGAAGACCGAAGCGGACUCGGAUUCCUUGAAUAUGUUUUCAGGGAUUGCUUAUCAGUGCUUGCUUGAUGAUCGUGAACGACGACCCUCAAUGGGUUUGGUGGUACAAAAACUUGAAGAAAUGAUGGAUCUGUAUAAGGUGUCGAUGAAACAAAGAGAUAUUUCGGAACCAAAGAGAUCUUUCGUAACACUUCACGAGAAACAGACAGAGAAUCAGGAGUUGCUUAUCAAAUGCAUCGCACAGCAUGUAGGAUUUUCAGGGAAUAGACCCGUUGCAGCCUGUACCGUAUACAAAUGCCUUCUCCACUGGAGGACUUUUGAACUUCAGCGACCAACUCUUUUUGAUCAGAUUAUCCAGACCAUAAGCCAUGCAAUUGAGAAAUCUCAGGAUAACAAUGAUAUAUUGGCCUAUUGGUUGUCAAAUGCAUCCACUCUAUUGCUUCUACUCCAGCGCACUUUCAUAGCAAGUGGCGCUGUCACUUCUGGACAAUCGGGCCCACAACGUCGUCGAUCACCAGCUACUCUUUUUGGGAGAAUGACGAAUACUAUUUUCCGUGGAGCUCCUCAAGGAGUGAAUCAUUCCUCACUCGACGGAAAUUUGAGGGCACAAGUGGAAGCCCAGUAUCCUGCUUUGCUUUUUAAGAAACAACUUACGGAAUAUGUUGAAAAAAUGUAUGGAAUGAUUCGAGAUAAUCUGAAGAAAGAGAUAUCUCCCUUGCUUGUGUUGGGUAUUCAGAGACCAUGUACUUCAACGGAAAGCUUAGUGAAGGGGGAAUCACGAGUGGUUAAUAAUGCAGCUCAACAAGCUUCGAGUCCUCAUCACUGGCAAGGGAUAAUGAAAAGCCUUCGCAAUUUUCUGAACACAUUAAAGACUAAUCAUGUACCUCAAUUUUUGGUCCGAAAAGUUUUUAUACAAUUAUUUUCGUUCAUCAAUGUUCAACUGUUUAAUAGUCUUCUUUUGAGACGUGAAUGCUGCUCAUUCAGCAACGGGGAAUAUAUGAAAGCAGGACUUGCUGAGUUAAAAGACUGGUGUUAUGAUACAAUAGAUGAGUAUGCAGGUUCGGCUUGGGAUGAGCUUAAACAUAUACGACAGGCUAUAGGGUUUCUGGUUAUUGGUCAAAAGCCGAAGAAAACCUUUGAAGAAAUCAGUCAUGGUCUUUGUCCCGUUCUUACUGUACAACAGCUUUACCGGAUUAGUACGAUGUACUGGGAUGACAUAUAUGGCACACAUGGUGUCUCCCCGGAAGUUAUUUCCAGCAUGAGGGUGAUGAUGACUAAAGAAAACAACGCAAUAAGCGAUUCGUUCUUGUUGGAUGAUGAUUCCAGCAUUCCAUUUUCGGUUGAUGACUCAAAGUCAAUAGAACUAAUAGAUAUCUCAAAUGUCAAACCUCCACCUUUAAUCCGUGACAACCCGGGAUUUAACUUUUUGUUGCCACGGGCACACGAACUGUAAUUUUUUCAACCGGAUGAUUAUCCUUGGCACUCUUUGGAGUCAUUAGUCAUAUAAGGGUUUAACCCAAAAUCAACUUCACUCUGUUGUAUAUUCUUUCGCAAUAACAGAAGAAUGCCUGUUGUGAAGAAAUGGAACUAAACAGACUAGAGAAAGAAGCAUUGCUUCAGGCAAUACCACCGACACACUGAAUCAAUGGGCUCCAAUACUUUUUUGCCCAUCGUGCCCCUUCCUUUCGGCUCCAGUAGCUACUUUCAUUUAUUGUAUACUUUAUUUAGUGUAAAAGCUUAUCAAUUUACACAUUAAAUGGUGGAAUGAAUGGUAUUCAUAUUUUUUAA